CCCCACCCUCUCAUCUUUCCGACACACAAAAAAAGAAUUCUCUCUUUCCCAUUUCUUCCCCCAAAGUCUUAUCCUCUCCUCAGAGACAGAAAGAGAAAAGAAAGGUUUUUUUUGGCUGAAAAGAAACCUGUCAGAUUCCAAAGUAUCCAGACAUUAAUUUCUUUUCUUACAACCAUCUCUUUUUCUCUCUAGAUUCAUAGAUAACCCAGAUACCCACCCGUGUGCUCCUUUCCUUUCCUCUCUCUCUUUCACCCAUUAAUGCUCUCUUAUUGAUAACUUUAACCCCUUCUUAAAAACGCUUCCUAUAUAUCCCACAUGCGUUACCUACACCAAUUUUCCCUGUAAAAACUGAAACUUUUUCAUGGCGGUCUUUCUGUAUUCACUUCUCUUUGUGGUUUUCUCUACCACCCUUUUCUUCUUUCUUCGUUCCUCACGUUGCCGGAGGCUGAGAUUACCACCUGGGAAUCUUGGGCUUCCCUUUAUUGGUGAGACUUUGCAGCUUAUUUCAGCUUACAAGACUGAGAACCCAGAACCCUUUAUCGAUGAGAGGGUGACCCGGUUCGGCCCCAUAUUCACAACCCAUGUUUUUGGCGAACCAACAGUGUUCUCGGCUGACCCGGAAACGAACCGGUUCAUUUUGCAAAACGAAGGGAAGCUUUUUGAGUGUAGCUACCCGGCCUCGAUAUCAAACUUGUUGGGGAGGCACUCUUUGUUGCUCAUGAAAGGUGGUCUUCAUAAGAGAAUGCAUUCUCUAACCAUGAGCUUUGCUAACUCGUCCAUUAUUAGAGACCAUCUUUUGGAAGACAUAGACCGGUUGAUCCGGCUCAAUUUGGAUUCUUGGUCCGGACGGGUUUUUCUCAUGGAGGAGGCCAAGAAGAUAACAUUUGAGUUAACGGUGAAGCAAUUGAUGAGCUUUGAUCCUGGUGAAUGGACUGAGUCACUAAGGAAGGAGUAUGUACUUGUAAUUGAAGGUUUCUUCACUGUUGCUUUGCCUCUCUUCUCCGGCACCUACCGCAGAGCCAUCAAAGCUAGGACUAAGGUGGCAGAGGCAUUAAGCUUGAUAGUGAGGCAAAGAAGGAAAGGGAGUGAAGCAGGAGAGAGAAAGAACGACAUGUUAGAAGCCCUAUUAGCUGGGGAUGAUGGAUUCUCAGACGAACAGAUUGUGGAUUUCUUGCUAGCUCUUCUUGUUGCAGGCUAUGAAACCACCUCUACUAUUAUGACUCUUGCUGUUAAGUUUCUCACUGAGACACCUCUUGCUCUAGCUCAACUCAAGGAAGAGCACGACCAAAUUAGAGCGAGGAAGAGUGAGAUGGAGGCUCUUGAAUGGAGCGAUUAUAAGUCUAUGCCGUUCACUCAAUGUGUUGUCAAUGAAACUCUGCGGGUCGCAAACAUAAUUAGUGGGAUAUUCAGGCGAGCAAUGACAGACAUCAAUAUAAAGGGUUAUACAAUUCCUAAGGGAUGGAAGGUUUUUGCAUCAUUUCGAGCUGUACAUUUGGACCAUGACCACUUCAAAGAUGCUCGCACUUUUAAUCCAUGGAGGUGGCAGAGCAAUUCUGGAGCAACAAGCACAGGGAAUGUGUUUACGCCAUUUGGAGGAGGGCCAAGGUUGUGCCCUGGUUAUGAACUUGCUAGAGUAAUACUCUCUGUCUUCCUUCAUCAACUUGUCACUCAAUUCAGUUGGGUUCCGGCUGAGGAUGAUAAGUUGGUUUUCUUCCCGACAACCCGGACGCAGAAGCGGUACCCUAUCAAUGUGCAACGGCGGAAUGUGACUAAGCUGUGUAAAGACUAAGAGCCAAGAUAUGUGAAGAAGAAACCCAAAAAAAAAAAAAAAAGAA